CGGUGAGCAUGACCAUAAACGAGCCCUUGUUUCCCCUCCCCCUCCUCACUCUCUGUUCUAUUAUUUCUAUCGGUUUCUCCUUUCCAUGCCGAGCCAUCAGCAGCCGAUCCCGCGGCCGUGGUUCCUCGAUUUGAUCCUCCCUGCUCUUGUCGUUCUCCUCAUCACCUCCCAUGUCUUGGCUUUGGUCUAUUGGAUCUACAGAUUAGCCACCGAAAAGCAACCGCAGGUUGGCACGCAGAGGAGCAAGGCCCAUUGAUCUCCGGUUCCCGCUUCCCAUUCUUGGCAGAGAUGUCGCCGGCUUCCCAUCCGCUCCUAACCCUAGGCCUCCUCACGAGACGCGACACCGAGGUCAAGCUUCCGCGCUCUACCCGCGUGAAGAACAAGACGGCAGCACCCAUCCAGAUUACCGCCGAGCAGAUCCUGCGCGAGGCCCGCCAGAGGCAAGAAAAUCACCGGCCGCCGAAGCAGAAAAUCACCGACUCCGACGAACUAGCGGAUUACCGGCUCCGCAAGAGAAAAGAAUUCGAAGAUGUCAUCCGGCGCGCUCGCCGGAACACCGGCACCUGGGUUAAGUAUGCCUCCUGGGAGGAGUCCCAGGGGGACUUGGCUCGCGCUCGAUCCAUCUGGGAGCGCCUCCUCGACGUCGACUAUCGCAACCCUACCUUAUGGCUCAAAUAUGCCGAAAUGGAGAUGCGUCACCGCUUUAUUAAUCACGCGCGGAAUGUCUGGGACCGCGCCGUCGCCCUCCUCCCCCGCGUCGACCAACUUUGGUACAAGUACAUACACAUGGUAGAGAUUCUCGGCGAUGUUGCAGCCGCACGCCAGAUAUUCGAACGCUGGAUGGACUGGAAGCCCGACACUCAGGGCUGGCUUUCCUACAUCAAGUUUGAGCUUCGGUACGACGAGGUCGAUCGUGCACGUGCUAUCUACGAACGGUUGGUUGUUUGCCACCCUCGUCCUUCCUAUUUCAUCAAGUACGCCAAGUUCGAGGCCAAGCGCCGCGAAAUUGCUCGUGCCCGUGCGGUGUAUGAGCGAGCCAUCGAUCUUAAUCUUUCCGAAGACGACGUGGAAGCAGAGCAGCUGUUCGUUGCCUUUGCAGGCUUCGAGAUGUGGUGCAAGGAGACGGAACGAGCGCGUUGCAUAUACCGAUACGCCCUGGACCACGUCCCCAAGGGGAGGGCCAAAGAUUUGUACCACGAGUACGAUGCUUUCGAGAAGCAGUAUGGAGACACGGCUGCUAUGGAAGAUGCUAUAAUUGUCAGAAAAAGGAAAUUAAAGUCUGAUGAUGAUGAGGAGGAGGAGGAGCAGGUGAGGAGGAAGCCUUUGAAUUAUGACUCACUACUCGAAGCGGCAUACAUAUGGAAAAAGCAGAAACUCGCCGCAGAUAUAUGAAGAUCGACUGAGAACUUGAAUUGAGAAGCGAAGGAUCUAUUCGUAUUUCUUAUGAUUUCAGGUUUUAGAAUAUUAGCCUCACUACCUUUGGUAAAUGUUGCUGCAUUGUGGAUUGAAUAGUUGUUAUGUUUGUGCUGGAACGUAAUAGUUGUAUUGUUUGUGCUAGCUAGUAAGAAUAAUUUCCCUUAA